AUGAGUGCUUGUGGACAACUCUUCCUUGGAUGUCCUAUCCUGGAUAAGAAGAAGGUCAAUGGUCUUAUCCUGGAUAAGAAGAAGGUCAGUGGCCUUAUCCUGGAUAAGAAGGUCAAUGGUCUUAUCCUGGAUAAGAAGAAGGUCAAUGGUCUUAUCCUGGAUAAGAAGAAGGUCAAUGGCCUUAUCCUGGAUAAGAAGAAGGUCAAUGGCCUUAUCCUGGAUAAGAAGGUCAAUGGUCUUAUCCUGGAUAAGAAGGUCGAUGGCCUUAUCCUGGAUAAGAAGAAGGUCAGUGGCCUUAUCCUGGAUAAGAAGGUCAAUGGUCUUAUCCUGGAUAAGAAGAAGGUCAGUGGCCUUAUCCUGGAUAAGAAGAAGGUCAAUGGUCUUAUCCUGGAUAAGAAGAAGGUCAAUGGUCUUAUCCUGGAUAAGAAGAAGGUCAAUGGCCUUAUCCUGGAUAAGAAGAAGGUCAAUGGUCUUAUCCUGGAUAAGAAGAAGGUCAAUGGUCUUAUCCUGGAUAAGAAGAAGGUCAAUGGUCUUAUCCUGGAUAAGAAGAAGGUCGAUGGCCUUAUCCUGGAUAAGAAGAAGGUCAAUGGUCUUAUCCUGGAUAAGAAGAAGGUCAAUGGUCUUAUCCUGGAUAAGAAGAAGGUCAGCGGCCUUAUUCCAGCGUAG